UCAACAACUUGAAGGCAUUAAUAUCCAACUGCAAAGGUAUCCGAAACAAGAUCAGAAAAAUCUACUGGCAGAGCACCAUGAAAAUAGCCGAACUCAGAAAGAAUUGGAUGCAGUGCCCAACGCUAUGAAAGUGGCAACAGAAGCCAUUUUAAUAGCCAAGGAAGCUUUGGGAAAAGAACUUCAGCAGCUAAAGCAUAUGCGACCUGACAAAGCCUGGGAUGAGAUGUGUAAGAACAUCAAAGCAGAGCACUUAGCAGCAAGCCAGCAAAAUGGGGCACUGCAACAACAAAUUCAGGAGCUCAGGGAAAAACUCAAAAAUGAACCAGCUUUGGAGGAAAUGUGUAAGGUCAUGAAGGAGGAAACUGAGGUCAUGAGGCUCCAAAAUUACAGCAGACAAGAGGAGAUCCAGGAGCUCAAAGAAAAGUGCAGAAAUUUAAAUGCUUUGGAUGAAAUGUAUGAUCAACUGAAAGCAGAGAAUGCGGCGAUUAGCCAACAAAAUGACAACCUGAGACAAGAGAUUCAGGAGAUAGCCAAAGAUCUCCGUAAUGAAAAGGCUCUGCAGGAAAUUAUUGAUCAAAUGGAAUUGUCAAAUGUGUCCAUCAGCCAGGAGAACACUGCACUGAAAGAACAACGGCAGAAGCUCUACAAAGAUUAUGAAGAUCAAAAGAUGUUCAGUGUCAUGUAUAGGGAGAAGUUGCACAUCGUGGAAUUUAUGCGCAAAGAAAAUGAAGACCUCCAACUACUCAUUCAGACCUUUACCAGAAGGAUCCAGAACAGAAAAGCCAUGAAGGACAAGUAUAAAGCCCUGAAAUCAGAAAAAAAAGCCGUUUCUGCAAAACAAAAUGAGCUUCUUAAAGAACUUCGUUUGCUCUACUCAAAGCGUGAUAGCAUGCCAGUCUAUGAAGGCAAGUUUGGUCCACUGAGAGAGGAGAUUGGAGCCUUAAGACAACACAACGAUGAACUCCAUCAAGAAAUGAAACAGUGUACUGAGGAGAUGGAAAACAAAACCGUCAUAAAGGAAACAUAUAAAGAAUUGAAAGUAGAGAAAAAAAAUCUAACUCAGCGAAAUAACAUCCUGAAAAAAGAAAUUCAGAAGGUGGAGAAAAGGCUUGUAAAGGAACAAGCUUUGGUAGACAGGAAUAAUGUCAUGAAAGAAGAAAAUGAAGCCUUGAUCCAACAAAACUACACAUUACAACUCGAGGUUGAAGAGCUCUACGCCAGACUACAAAGUGAACAAAUGCUGGAGGUCAUGAAUAAAUCGCUGACAAUGGAAAAAGAUGCCAUGGGCCGACGAAAUGACGUACUUCGACAAGAGGUCCAGGAGCUCAAUAAAAAGUUUUGCUGAAAACAGCAAAAAAAAGGGCAGGGAUGAAACUCCAGCCUCACACAAAAAGGUGCUGGUUCAAUUCCUGGGCCUGACUCUUUUUGUGUAGAGCUGGAUUUUUGUCUACGUUUCUGUGUGGAGUUUGUAUGUUUGUCGCUGUGUCUGCGUGGGUUCGCUCCAGGUGAUCCGGCUUCCCCUACAUCAUAAAACAUAUUUAACAUGUAGAUUCUAA